CCGAAGAUUUGGGGUUGAAGGCACAGAAGAAGGCAAGAAAACGAUCAGUCCUUUAGUGGUGUUUGGUAGGAAGCAACGACUGAAGUUCCCAAUCAUGAUUCGCUGGUUGGCUGUUCUCGCUGUGGUGGUGGCCGUAGCUGCCCAGAGACCAGAGGUUUGUGACUCUCCAGCCCAAUGGAGUGCCAACAUGGUCAUCUUCGACCCAGUCGAGGGCCAUGAGUUUGCAAUGGAGGCCAAGUACUAUUACGACAAGACUGGUUUGCGAAAAGCACGCAUUGAGCAGAUCGACCCAGGCCGCAACACCACCCACCGUUACGUACAUGUUAUUGAGCUGUUCGCUGAGCACAAAGCAUAUUACAUUGAUCUCGGCACCAGAGAUUGUGUGGAGAGGUCUUUGGACCGUCCUGGUUCUCUUGAUGGCUUCCAUCCCCAUGAUGUUCCCGCUGAGGCAUCCUUCCGCGGCCUCUUCUACAUUGGAUCUGAUGCUGUGUCCGAGGGCCAUGUCGAGGCCUCUGCCUGGGAUUACUACUUCUCGGACCGUGGAUAUUUCUGGCACGGAACCUUCACCACCCACGGCUGCAUUCCACUGAGGAGCGAUGGUUUCAAUCACACCACAUUUGGUGCCAGAUUCGAAGAGUUCUUUGAUGUCGUGCCUGGAAUCAGCGACCCCAACGUGUUUGUCCCACCAAGCAACUGCCAUCCGGAGAAGCACUAAAUGAAAGGAACUUUAGUCUCGGUCAUCUAGGCACGCUUCUGCAGUCUGAACAAUUCACUAUGGGUUGGAGAUCAAUUGUGAUGGGGAUGCCACCCAUUGACUUCAGCCAUGGCUGAUGGUUUUGCUGUGAACAUCAUCAAUUAUUUUCUAUUACUAUUUUUGUCAGUAUUGCUGUCACCAGAUUCACAUAGACCAUCCUACACAUCAUCCAUCUAUCUCUUUCUUUGGUCCUAUUGCCGGUGAAAAUACAAUGUCUCUUUGCACCGAA